CGCUGCAAUGUAACGGACGGAGGAAGCGCUCGGAGACAAUGUAACCGACUUCCGAGUCUUUGCUCUGGCUCCGGAGGUUGCUUCCGACCAGGAGCAUGGAGAGAGUGGGAAGCUCCGGAGUUUCCAAAUGGGACAUCCGAAACAAAAUUUGGGAUUAUAUGGAAGCCAAUAACCUGGCUGAUUUUCCAAGACCAGUUCACCAUCGGAUUCCCAAUUUCAAGGGGUCUUUCCAAGCGGGUGUGUCCAUCAAAAGCUGGGAUGGGUUUGGUCAAGCCAGGGAGGUGAAGGUGGACCCAGACAAACCUCUGGAGGGGAUCCGUCUGUCCAUGCUCCAGGCCAGGAAAACCCUCCUGGUGCCCACCCCACGUUUGCGUGCUGGGCUGUUCAACAGAAUUGUGCCUCCUCCCGGGGCCACUAAGGAAACACUAAGAAAAUGUGCUACCUCCCAAGGUGUCAGAGAUUAUAGUGUCCCUGUAGGACUAGAUGCAAAAGUCCAUGUGGACCUGGUUGUGGUGGGAUCCGUGGCUGUCUCUGAGAAAGGCUGGCGGAUCGGGAAAGGAGAAGGCUUCGCGGACAUGGAAUAUGCCAUGAUGGCUUCCAUGGGAGCAGUAGGGCAGAAGACAACGGUCAUCACAGCAGUCCAUGAUUGUCAGGUAGUGGAUAUUCCAGAAGAGCUUCUCGAUGACCAUGAUCUAACUGUGGAUUAUAUCCUUACCCCAACAAGGAUCAUCAAGACCGAAUGCAAGAGGCCGAAACCUUGGGGAAUCAUGUGGCACAAAAUCAGCCAGGAAACUCUGAAGAAAAUCCCAGUCCUCAAGAUUCUUCAUGGGAGAGAGAAACUGGAAGGCAAAGAUGUUCUCCUCAAAGAUGAACCGCCCGAUACUUCGACCAUGGGAAAGACCCCAAGAGGAGCCAAUGAGAACUUUCCAGAAGGCAGUAGGCCGCAAGCGGAGGCCAGCUUGGCCCAACCAAGGAGAGAAGGAGAGGCUUUAUCAGAUGAACGAGGCCACCUCGGGGCUCCUGCCACUGUCUACGUGGGCAACAUCUCCUCUGGGACCAGGGUGAGUGACUUAAAGGAGGCCCUCAAAAUACACCAUGUGACUCCAUCACGGCUCUCCUGGCGAGGUGCACAACAUCAAGCGUUCCUCAGCUACAGUGACCCAUCCAAGGCUGAAGAGGCCAUUACAGCCUUACAAGGCUUAUCUCUCCAAGGGCGUCCACUGAGGGUCGAAUGGGCCAGGAACCAACAGGGAAAAAUGGCACUGAGACCACGAUAAUGGAGAAGGACCUGCUGAAGGAGCUUUCCAUUUGAUGGUAAAAUGGCAGCCAUCCAAGGGGUUGACCCUUUGCUGAGGUGGCCUACUGGAGAUGAGGAUGGGAUAACCUGGAGGGUUCGGUUAUUUAUCUGACAGCAAUUAUCUUGGCCUUUUGAUGGUUUCCACACCAGAUUUACAGAUUAACAGAGUUGGAAGGGACCUUGUAGGUCAUCUAGUCCAAACCCCUGCCCAAGCAGGAGACCUACACCAUUUCUGACAAAUAGCAGUCCAAUCUUUUCUUG